CACCACCCUGGAAGGUAACCAACACAUCUACACGAACACCUGCUGCUGCUGACGUUUCACUGAACACGUGGACCUGAUCACACUGACUGGAUAUAGAUUCAAAAGGAAAAGAAUGGAUCGAUGAAUUCAUCUGACAUUUUACGCACGAUUAACCCUUCUGCACCAGCAUGGACUGACAUGGAGCUCUGCCACAGGGGACAUACCUGUAGGUUGCCAUGGAUACCCUCCCAUUUGGUUGGACGGUCCACACUGGUGACCAGAAUGGAGAUGACCCUGGACUGUUGAAGGAGGGGGUCAUCGACAACAACACAAACACACACGUCCAAGAUCUGUUUCAUGAAGAUGCACAGCAGCCGAGCCAGCCGUGGUGGAGGAUCCAGGUGUUCGUGUGGGAGCCGGUGCGGUUCGGCACCUGGGACGGAGUUUUCACCACCUGCAUGAUCAACAUUUUCGGUGUUGUAUUAUUCCUGCGCACCGGCUACCUGGUGGGGAACACAGGCGUGCUGCUCGGGAUGCUCCUGGUUUCCUCGGUGGUGCUGGUUGCCUUGGUGACGGUGAUGUCAGGGAUCGGAGUGUGUGAGCACUGUGGUGUCGGGAGCGGAGGAAUCUACUCCAUGAUCUCCACCGUCCUGGGCGGCAGGGUUGGGGGCACCAUGGGCCUCCUGUAUGUCUUUGGACAGUGCUCGGCUGGAGCCAUGUACAUCACCGGUUUCUCUGAGUCGGUGGCUGAGCUGCUGGGUCUGCAGACUCAGUGGGCGGUGCGCGGCAUGUCGGCGGCAGUGCUGCUGGCCCUGCUCGGGAUCAACCUGGCCGGCGUCAAGUGGAUUGUCAGAAUCCAGCUGCUGCUGCUGGCCGUCCUGGCCGUCUCCACGCUGGACUUUGUGGUUGGAAGCUUCACGCACCUCGACCCAGAGCAUGGUUUCAUUGGUUAUUCACCUGAGCUGCUCAGCAGCAACACAAAGCCUGAUUACACUCCUGGAGAAAACUUCUUCACAGUGUUUGGGGUCUUCUUCCCUGCUGCUACAGGGGUAAUGGCAGGCUUCAACAUGAGCUCAGACCUUCAGCGGCCAGAACACAACAUCCCUGUGGGAACGCUGGCAGCUCUCUUCACCUCGUGGUUCCUGUAUCUGGUCUUUGCCUUCCUCCUGGGGGCCAUCUGCACCAGAGAAGCUCUGCGCUAUGACUUCUUGAUCGCAGAAAAGGUCUCCUUGGUGGGUUUCCUCUUUCUGCUGGGCCUCUACGUCUCCUCACUGGCUUCCUGCAUGGGCGGCCUGUACGGUGCACCCAGGAUCCUGCAGUGCAUCGCCCAGGAGAGGGUGAUCCCGGCUCUGGCCUGUCUGGGAAAAGGGAAAGGCCCAAACAAGACCCCGGUGGCUGCCAUCUGUCUGACCAGCCUGCUCACCAUGGCCUUCAUUUUCAUCGGCCAGGUCAACGUGCUCGCUCCCAUCGUCACCAUCAACUUCAUGCUCACCUACAGCUUCAUCGACUACUCUUACUUCAGCGUGGUCAUGACCUUCCGGCUGCAGAGCAAAGAGAAAAGGGACGCCCUCACCCUGGCCCGGAGAAACCAGCGCAGGUCUGUCACACAGAGCUCCAGGCCGCUUCUUGAAGAUUCUCUCCCCAACUAUGGGAGCGGAGGCAAGAGUCCGCAGAGCAAAGGCACUUUAUCGGAGUUCACCAAGGACAUGGAUCAGAUGUUUCCCCCUGUCUCAAAUGUUGACGCAGGGGCUGAGAACUCCUUUUCUUUGCAAGAGUUGAGCAGCCGGGGAAAGGGCAGAAAGGCUACUGCUAAACAGACACUGAUGGACAGCUUUGGUUUGGACCUGAACAGAAACAUGUUCUCAGAAGAAGAGAAAGGAGAGGAAACUGGUUCAUACGAGGAAGUUGAGGUGCAGCCUGGAAGCGGUGAGCCCAGAACUGGAGAAGAAGAGUCGCAGGUCAAAAAUUGUACAAAACCGGAUUUAGGUGCCGACCAUCACAACACAGGUGCUGAAGCUAAAGCAGAACAACAGAGCUUCGAAAUCAAGGCCUUGCAGGAUUCAGUCUACACAAAGUUCAGCAACCACUGGGUCGCUCUCAUCGGGGCUUUGACCUCUUUAGUGAUCAUGUUUGUUAUCCAGUGGGUUUAUGCCUUGGCAAACAUAGUCGUGGCCUUGCUGCUCUACUUCUACAUCGGGAAAACAAGCCCCGGACUUCCCAUAGGUAUUGCAGCUCGAUUCAGCUUUUUCACGUGGCUCAGAUCAACACUGAGUAGCAUUUGCAGGGGCAAAGGAUCUCCCCGGGAUGAGGUCAUAGUGACGCCCUCUCUGUCCGGGGUCGGGCUGAAAACCAGGCAGCUGACGGAGGAGAACGCUGACUUUGCCUCUCGCCACCGCUACCACCAAUCCUCAUUCAUCGUGUCGGACAAGAUGGUGCAACCGCCAUCACUCCGCUGACUCAAUCAGACACUGCUCCGGUUGCAUGUCGUACAGCUUGACAGCCCGAACCCACACUAUCUGCCUCAAAUUGUGUCACAUUUGUUCUCACAGUGACAUUUAACGGCACCACGCUGAGGAACUCUGAACUGUUUCUAGAGUUACAGUGUGUGGGUUUGUGCAAGAGAACGAGAGAGAUGUCUGAAAAAGUGGACGUAGCUGGAGUUUGUCGCUUUUUUUCUUCCAUUAAAGAAAAUAGUUUGUCUUAAUAUACUUUAAUUUUAUCAACUUUAACUGAUAAAUCACAAUCGGUGAUUGUCAGAUUAUUCUAUUGCUGGGCCACUUCCAGGACGUCCAGCCAGCACAGUGCUUAUGAGGAAAACAUUAUCCUUUGUACAUACGACACAUAAAGGUUUAAUAAAUAGACAUAAACUCAA